AUGAACCCUAGGGCUAAUCGGUGCAAGUGCAAUCGAUUAGGCAUCUUGGCCACCCAACACCGCGUUGCAAAUACCAGCCUUGAGAAUAUCGCGCAAGAUUCAUCGUUAGCUCGUUUGAUCUGUGGGCCACAUGUCCCCGACCACAGCUCGGGAAAAGUUCGAAAGUUCAUCAAUAUCAAGAUGCAAAUAACAGUCGACAAAAAUCUUUCCAUUUGGGAUAGGGACGAAGACGACAAACAGGAAUAUGAGGAUCCAUUAAAGCCGAUAGAUACAGAUAGAUAG